UCCAAGAACCUCGGAUAAACAAGAUUCAGGGACAUGCACACCACCCUUUCUUGUCUUUAUAUGCAUCUUGUGUUAUCAUCUGAGAAUCAAAGUUCCAAAACAGAAAACCUACAAGACUGUUUGUUUUUCUCAAAUGUCGCAUCAACUUGACCCGGUCGCUGAGCUCGAAACCUUAAAAACACAUGUUCAUCAACCAGGAAGCCCUAGCUUCUCAACACUUCGCCAGCGUCAUCAUUCUGGUGAAGCGUCUAAAUUGUCGCCUAUUGGCUCACCAAGAAAGGAAAAUGAGCAUCAUGGAGAACAUUCCCACCAUAAGAAAUCUUUGUUCUCAAAAAUGAAGGAUAAGGCAAAAAAGCUGCAGCACAGUCUCAGCGGCAAGAGGAGACAUGAUGAAGAAGGUGAUGCAACCAUGUCGCCACCAUUUGGCAGAUCCGCAGACCACCAAGUUAGAGAAGUAGGAGGUUUUGCCACACUUUCACCACGUGACAAUUCUAAAGACCAUAAAGUAAGAGAAGAAGGAGAAUUAGAAGAAGAAGAAGAUCCUGAAUAUCUCGGUGCCCCAAUGUAUGAAUCAAAGAAGGCACCUGAAGAGCUAAAGGCCACUGCGAGACAGCAUCCCCGAGAAACUCCUGUGAUCACUGAGACGAAUGUCUUGUCUGUUCUCCCAGCCAAUCACCACGCUGAACAACAAAAAGAUUGUACUGGGUCCAACAGAGAAAACCCUAUGAUCUCUGAGAAGAAUGUCUCGUCGAAUGUCAAGCAAGAGAAGAAAGGGAAAGAGUACACAAACAAGGAACCAACUAGUCCAAGCAAGACAGUAGCAGAAACCGUAACAGAGACGCUAGCACCUGCUUAUGCCAAAGUCUCUGAAGCUACUCACGCUAUAACCAAGAAGAUUCAAGAUAUGGCUUUCCCGGAAACAACAGAUGCAGAGCCGGAGAUAAAAGAUGUUUCAGAAAUCAACACCGCAGGGACUAACCAGCCUGCUGGCUUCAACACUCAGGUAUGGGACAAAGGCGUGUCCAUGAAGGAAUACAUAAGCCAGAAGUUUACGCCUGGGGAAGACGAUAGAGAACUUUCUCGAGUGAUAUCUAAAGCUAUAAGCCCUCGCAAAGCUUCUUCCGAGGCUGGUACAUUUAAUGGAGCCACAAACAUGGUGCCUGCUUCAAACUCAUCAGACAACAAAGCUCCCAUUUUAGCCAACACAAAUGAGAUUGUUAAGGAAGAAAAUCAUGGGAAGAUGCUUCAACCAAACUGAAGAACAAAGUGUCUGUGUUAAAUCUGUAUUGGCAUCUAUUUGUUGUAUUAUGAGAUUGAAGAUACUAAUACAUCAUUUUUGUUUUGUUUUCAUUCAUUUAAUUGACCAUUAGUUUUAUUGAAAACAUGAUUUUUUUU